GCUCUGUGUUGCACUGAUACCGGAAGUUGUUGGUAUAUUGCUGCAAAAAAUGUCCUAGCUAACCGAAUGAAUGGAUGUUCUGAUGCACUGAGGUGCCUUUGCUCUGUUCAAGAUGACAUGAACCUUUAAGCUCAUAACUCAACUCUACCCGCCUCUGCUGGUCAGGGUACCAUGGCAACGAGGAUGAAGCUAAAGAUGAAGACUGUGUUUGUGCUGUACUUCAUGGUCUCCCUCCUGGGCCUCAUCUAUGCACUGAUGCAGCUCGGUCAGCGCUGCGACUGUACAGAGCACGACUUGCCCAAAGACCGUACCAUAUCUCGGCUACGGGGGGAAAUGCACCGUCUUCAGGAGCAGAUGAGGAAGUCGGAGGUGACCAAACAACCCCAGAAUCAACCAGCCAAGCCCUCCCUGCCCACCAUCUUUGUCAUCACCCCGACAUACACAAGGCUGGUGCAGAAGGCCGAGCUGACUCGUCUGUCCCAGACCUUCCUCCAUGUUCCUCAGCUCCACUGGAUCGUGGUGGAGGACUCGCCACACAAGACACCACUGGUGACUGACCUCCUGGUGAAGAGUGGCCUGACCUACACACACCUACACAUGCCCACUGCCAAGGACCGCAAACUGCAGGAGGGUGACCCAAGCUGGCUGAAGCCUCGUGGAGUCGAGCAGAGGAAUGAGGGCCUGCGGUGGCUCAGAGAGGACAGAAGGGCUCAGCCAGGAGGAGACAACCAGCAGGGAGUGGUUUACUUUGCUGAUGACGAUAACACAUACAGCCUGCAGAUAUUUGAAGAGAUGAGGAGUACCCAGCGAGUAUCAGUGUGGCCGGUGGGGUUGGUUGGAGGGAUGAAAUAUGAGAGGCCUGUGGUUGAAGGAGGAAAGGUGAUUCGCUUCCAUACCGGCUGGCGUCCCAGUCGCCCCUUCCCGAUGGACAUGGCUGGCUUCGCUGUGUCCCUCAAACUAGUCCUGGCCAAUCCAGAGGCUUGUUUUGACGGAGAUGCACCAAUGGGCUUCCUGGAAAGCAGCUUCCUUCAGGGACUGGUUACCAUGGAUGAACUGGAGCCCAAAGCGGACAACUGCUCUAAAGUGCUGGUGUGGCACACACGGACAGAGAAACCGAAGAUGAAGAGAGAGGAGGCUCUGCAGGCUCAGGGAAUGGGUUCAGAUCCUGCAGUGGAGGUCUGAGGAACACAAAGACACACUCACACUCGCACACAUAUAUAUACACACACACACACAUUGUAAAACGUACUCUGCUGUUUAAUGCUGCAUAUGCUGCGUUGUAAAUACUGUAAAACAGAAAAAUAUCUGUUAGAGGUGACAUUUAAAUUUACCUGGUUAUGACUGCUUUUUGUGUCCGGUAGUAAAUGUGCGUACGUGUGUAAAUAUUGAGUGUGUGUUACAACUGUGCUGACUGUAUGUUAGUGUACGUAUCAGGGUUUUCUUUGAUUUUAGUGAGUUAGUUGUCUUUGUACAGCAGUCCAGUGGAUGAGGACUCUGUAGUUCAAACAAUUGCCUGAUGGGGGCACCAGUUUAAAAUUUAGCAGAGCCAUGCUGUCACACUACCCAUACACUUUUGCUUAAAGCUGGAGGAACGAUGCAUCUUAUUACAGACGUCCAGACUCGCAUCAUUUGUAAGGUUUCACAUGUUUAUUUGUGCCCAAUGGAAAUCCUGCAGUCCCUGACAGCUCUUAGAUAUUUAGAGCUAUAACAGGUCUGGCUCCAGACUGUUGUUUCCUCUGCUAGUUGGAUCUGAUCUGUAAUCAGCUUCAUCAGUACAGCCACCAACAUCUGGACUGAUUUCUGACCGAGAUACAGGUGAAAUGGACCACUUUAUUCAUGCAUGGCUUCUAUAUUUGCGUGAUUAGUGUCCGUAAGUCUGUAUUCAGCCAUAUAGAUGCUUUUUUUUCUAGUCACAUCAUCAUCAUAGGCAUGAUAAUAAUCUUUAUACAACUUGUCUAAUCAAAUGUCUGCAUCUACUAUCAUGGUAAUAGUAUUGUGGAGCAAAGGUGCCGUAAACAAUAUUUAUAACAUAAACAAAAGCCACAAAACUUACAAAUGAAUUAAAUAUCAAUCAGAUAUGCUAAAUAGUUGUUGCCUUGUAUUUAUUAUGCUCUCAUACACCUGUGUUAUGGACACAACUGGUGCAGCUUAGCAACACUGUGAUGCAACACAGGCAUAACAAAUACAGAGACGCACAGGUUCCACACCCAGUGUAGCUUUAGUGUUAAAGCUCAGAGCGCAAAUGCUGGUUUUCAAUAGUGUCAUAGCACAACAACAAGUAGUUCUAGCCAGCAUUGUAUGUGUAUAUUUUUACUGAUGCUUUUUGAAAGCCCUGAAUAAGGGAACAAGCUCAUAUAAAUUCCUUAUGCAACAAACAAAUACAAAACACGCCGUCCAUGUUACAUUCCCACACUCUGAUGACAAGAAAGACUUGAACUUGCCUUUAAUAGGCAGAAAAUCCCUGGUACUUUUACAGUAGCAGUAUUUCAAUAUUAAAUUUGAAAAAAGCUUCAAAUAUGAAUUGAACUACUCGAGCUGUUCUUAUUUAUCUUCCAUGACACCCUCAGAAGUUGGAAGAAUAAAGAGCAAAAUAACCUUAUAGCUCAAAUAAGUGCUCCUCAGCUACUGUUGUAUGAUACUGUAAAAACAGCUAGUGCCUGCUUAAGUGUAAUUAGUGCCUGUAAGUCAGUCUCUACUGGUGUAAAAUGUAUUUAUUACUGUAUUAUUAUUCUUUACAUUGUACAAUGUGAUAAUGUCUGUCCUUGGCCUUGAAAAUAAACCUAGAUAAUGUAAAACA